AUGGCUUCUAAAAAAAUCAUUCACCUUUUCCUAUUCUUUUUAUUAUUCUCUUUGAGUUGUAUCAUCAAAAUAAAAGCUCAAGAUGUGGGGACAACUGUGGACGAUGCGACAUUAUCUCUGGCAGGACCAACAGCUACAUCUGAUACCGAUUUAUCAUCGACCGGAAGUUAUAGUUCUGUCACUUCUGUCUCAAGUGCUACUGAUUUAAAUCCAUCAAUAACAGACUCACCAGCGUCAGCUAUAGCCCUUCAAGAUACACUACCUACAUAUACCACACUGAAUCAAACUACUACAACUCCAUCACAAGGAACGUUAAUUCAACCAACAGUAACAGCAUCCCAACCAGCACUACAAGCAUUACCAACAUCACAACCAAGCACAUCACAACCAAGCACACCACAACCAAACGCACCACAACCAAACGCACCACAACCAAACGCAUCACAACCAAGCACACCACAACCAGGACCACAAAAAAACUCACAACCACCAUCAUCUGCUAAAGAUAAUAAUAAUGAAGAUGAUGGACAAACUGACGCACUUGAUUCAACUUCUGGUGCGUCCACUGUGAUCAUGACUAGAAAAAGUGAUUAUUAUUCUGGUAUCAUGGCAGCGUUGUCUAUGAUUGUUAUUGGUUCUGUCUUAAUGAUCUAA